GCCGCCGCCUCCCUCCUCCCGCUCCCGCGGCCUCCGCGCCGGCAUCGCCUCCCUCCCUCCCUCCCUCCCUUCCCCGGGCUCCGCUCCCUUCCCCGGGCUCCGCUCCUGGGCGGCAUCCCCGGGGGCAGCGGCUGGCGGAGCCGUGCCCGGGGCGCACGGCGGGGAUGCGGCUGGGGGGAGAUGCGGCGCUCGCCCCUCGCUGCUCCGGGCUGUGACAGCCCCCGGAGCCCGUGCUGCGAGCAGCACCCACCCAAACUUUGCUGCCGCGCUCGCAGGGAGGCGAUGGGGAGGGAGGCUGGAGCGCACCGGCAUCCUGCUCCUCCGUGCCGGGAACGCGCUGCUCGCUGCCGCCCUUCCCGAGGGGCCGCGGGGGUCCGGGGUGCUCCGGGGUGCUCCGGGGUGCUUCGGGGUGUUCCGGGGUGCUCUGGAGCCGAGGGGUCCGUGCUGCCGCCCCGAGCAUCGCCCCGCAGCUCCGAGCGGCUCCCGCGGGGAUGGAGGCGCCGGGCGGGCAGGGAUGAGCCCUGGGCUGCCUUCACCUGGAAAAGGGAAGGCUCCAGAGCCACCUGAGCACCUUCCAGUGGCUACAGGGGCUGCAGGAGAGCUGGAGAGGGACUGGUGGGGCGAGGGGAAUGGCUUCGUGCUGACACAGGGCAGGGUUAGAUGAAAUUGGGGAGGAAUUGUUCCCUGUGCAGGUGUUCAGCUUCCUUCCAGGGAAGCUGUUCAUCCCUGGAAGUGUUCAAAGCCAGGUUGGAAGGGGCUUGGAGCAACCUGGGAUAGUCAGAGGUGUCCAUGCCCAUGGAGGAGGGAGGGAUGAGGUGAGUUUUAAGGUCUCUUCCAUCCCAAACCGUUCCAGGGUUGUGUCAGGCUGGGGCUCCGCACAGGGAUUCUUUGGCUGGUCGUGCCAGAGCAGCCAGCUCACAUCCUGAAGGCUUUGCUUUACCUGGCUGUGAGGUUUGCAAAUAUUUGUGUUUCUUUUUUCCCUGUGGAUUCUGCCGUUACGUGCAAAUUUCAUUUUUUAAACAAGAUACUAAAAAACCAGAAAACAAACCAAAUUCAGUCUCUAAGCUGUGCUUCCCAGUUGGAAUUUGGUUUAGCUCGAGCUGGGGGAGCAGCUGUCCCACUCAGUGUCCCCCCACCCCACUGGGAUGUGGCUGGUGCUGUGCCUGCCCUCAGUUCCUGGAGUUUUAAAAUAAACCCAAAUUGACAGCAGAUGAAAGAAACCACCACAACCACUGCAGCUAAGUCCACCUGUGGCCAUUAAUCACGCCCCUAAAAAUAUAUUGCUGUGUUUAAUCCCAAACCACAAAUUUACUGUCUAAAGAAUUAUCAGAAUAAAUACUUCUAACAGUAAGGACCAUUUAAAUCACUCAUGUGUACUAGCAGACCUCAGAACUGCUCCAAAGGCAGGUUUUCUCCUUGCAGACCAAUUUAAACCUGCCAACAAUUGCCUUUUUUCCCCUUAACUAGCACAAAUACCCCCUACCUCACAUAUGACCUGAGUUUGGUAAAAAUGGACAUUUUCCAAAGAAAUAUUUCAAAUAACAUAAAAGAGAUUUCCUAGCUCAAAAUCUUUUAUAGGUGAGUAGUACACUUUAUAUGUUUUUUUCCCUUAAUAUUUUGCCUACAACUGACAGGUGAAGUUUGUGCUUGAGACUGGGAACUGAAAUGAAGAAAUGGAAUCUCCCAUUUUUAUGGAAUUACAGUAUUUUAAUCAAAUGAGCUGUAGAAAAACUUGUAUUCACAUCAGAAAAGUGGAGGGUUUUGUUGAUUGAUUCAAGCAUUGUGUGUUGGGUAUAAUAAUUGCUUUUUCAGGGAGAAGUCAGGUGCCAUCAGUGACAUUUCUUGCUGCUUAUGUGUUUUCUUAAAAUUCUGCCUUGCACCAGGUUUUGGUUUUGGUGCUUUUUGCUGUCUUACUCGUUAAAGAAAUCAUAAUUUACAGUUGUUUAGGAUUAUUGUUAUUAGGGACAUAAGAAAUGGCAAUGAAAGGGAGGAUUUAGUGAUGUGGGGUACAAACCAAGGCUCCAACUCAUGGCUGGAGCUGAGGAGUCAUUUGGAGCCAUCAGGAGCCAGAGACACGACAGGAAAAGGCCCUGACUGCCUGGGUCAUCAGGGAGCCGAUCCUCCCAAAAACUGCAAGAAACUGUUUUGUUUUUUAAGCUAUUUCCAUUUCUGGAUCUCAUUUACAGAAAGUCCACACAAGGCACAGAGGGGAGCAAAGAGGCUGGCAGCUGAGGGCAGGAUUUUGGUGCUAACACUGAAAUUCCAUCUGGAAGUGGGGAUGAGGACGCAGCAUCUGUUAGAAGAGAGGGAGGUGGCAGGGGCUGAUGUGGUGGAUGGACAGGAGGUGUCAUGUCAAGGCUUGGAGUUGCCACACAGCAUUUUUACCAAAUGUAGUUAUUUUCCCUGUUAUUAUCCCAAAGAUAAUUUACAGAAAAUAGAAUUAUUUGCAGAAAAAAAAAAUAUAAUUUGUGGAAAAUCAGAAUAAUUUGCAGAAAUAGAGCUGUGGAGGUCUUGGAUUUUGGAGUUUAGCAAAACCUUGAAGGAAGGAGGUGGCAUCUCCUUCUCAGGGGGUUGGCAAGAACAGAUGAGACAAAUUGUGUUUGCUGUGGGCAUGUCCCACCCUGUGGGUCCCCAAAAGCUCUGCUGUGACCACAGUGAGGUUCACAGUAGUAACCCAGAUAUUUUCUGUGUGUGAUGCCACCCACAGCAUCCCUGGGGGCCUUGGUGGCUCCUUUGCCUGGCUUGUUUGCCACAGAAGUGACAGAUUUGUGGUCCCUGGAGGGCUGGCAGUGCUUGGGUUGUGUUUGUGUCACCUCCAUGGGCUCCAGUCGGGAUCAGAUCCCAUUUUUCCCAGGCACUGUGGCAUUGCUGCUGAAAGACAAACUUGGUGUCAGAGGGAAGAUAAACUAAAGGAGACUGAGCAGAGGAAGGGCAGGGAGAGGCUGGGACAACACACAAGUGGCACUGGGGCAGAAUUAAUGCAGCAUUGCUAAAUAUAUGCUUUGGAUGGAUUUCAUUUUUAACUUUGGGCUGAGAUAAGGGCCAGCAGAGCUGAUAGGGAAGGAGUUUCCUCACCCCUCCACAAGCUUCUACAUUGCCCUGAAGAUUUUGCAAAAAUGUUAACUGCUUGUGCUGCCUGAGCUGGUAGGAUAAAGAAAGUGAUGUAGAAAGCCAUGCUGUCAAGGGGUUUUAUUUAUUUUUUAUUUAUUAUCUGCGUUCAUGGUGCUAUAAUCACUAUUGCUCCUCUUUUUCUUUUUUUUUUUUUUUCCUUUUAUAAAAAUAAGUAAAUGUCAAGAGUGUCCUUUCCACUUUUUGAAUCUGGGGAGGCAGUGAGAGAGAAGGAGGUGUCCUCACCAGCAGCCAAGGCCACCACUGCCCACCCUGGGGUUGGUGAGCACCAGCUGACAGGGCACAAAGUGGCAGUGAAAAUACUGAACAGGCAGAAAAUCCGCAGCCUGGAUGUGGUGGGGAAGAUCAAACGAGAAAUUCAAAACCUGAAGCUCUUCCGGCACCCUCACAUUAUCAAACUGUACCAGGUCAUCAGCACACCAACAGACUUCUUCAUGGUCAUGGAAUACGUGUCUGGGGGUGAAUUGUUUGAUUACAUCUGUAAGCACGGACGUGUCGAGGAGGCAGAAGCUCGACGCCUUUUCCAGCAGAUCCUGUCUGCAGUGGAUUACUGCCACAGGCACAUGGUGGUGCACAGGGACCUGAAGCCAGAGAACGUGCUGCUGGAUGCACACAUGAAUGCAAAGAUAGCUGAUUUUGGACUGUCCAACAUGAUGUCAGAUGGUGAAUUUCUACGCACCAGCUGUGGUUCCCCAAAUUAUGCAGCCCCUGAAGUCAUCUCUGGAAGGCUCUAUGCUGGCCCAGAGGUGGACAUCUGGAGCUGUGGUGUCAUCCUCUACGCCCUCCUGUGUGGCACUCUGCCUUUUGACGACGAGCACGUCCCCACCCUGUUCAAGAAGAUCCGUGGGGGAGUGUUCUACAUCCCUGAGUACCUCAACCGCUCCGUGGCCACGCUCCUCAUGCACAUGCUGCAGGUGGACCCCCUCAAGAGAGCCACCAUCAAGGACAUCAGGGAACACGAGUGGUUCAAGGAGGAGCUGCCCAGUUACCUGUUCCCAGAGGACCCUUCCUACGACGCCACGGUCGUCGACGAUGAGGCGGUGCGGGAGGUGUGCGAGAAGUUCGAGUGCACCGAGUCGGAGGUGAUGAACAGCCUGUACAGCGGCGACCCCCAGGACCAGCUGGCCGUGGCCUACCACCUGGUCAUCGACAACCGCCGCAUCAUGAACCAGGCCAGCGAGUUCUACCUGGCCUCCAGCCCUCCCACCGGCUCCUUCAUGGACGACAGCGCCCUGCACAUCCCUCCGGGCGUGAAGCCGCACCCCGAGCGGAUGCCGCCGCUCAUCGCCGACAGCCCCAAGGCUCGCUGUCCCCUGGACGCCCUCAACACCACCAAGCCAAAGCCCCUGACGGUCAAAAAGGCCAAGUGGCACCUGGGGAUCCGCAGCCAGAGCAAGCCCUAUGACAUUAUGGCUGAGGUGUACCGGGCUAUGAAGCAGCUGGACUUUGAGUGGAAGGUGGUGAACGCCUACCACCUGCGGGUGCGCCGCAAGAACCCCGUGACCGGCAACUACGUCAAGAUGAGCCUGCAGCUCUACCAGGUGGACAACCGCAGCUAUCUGCUGGACUUCAAAAGCAUUGAUGACGAGGUGAUGGAGCAGAGGUCUGGCUCCUCCACGCCGCAGCGCUCCUGCUCGGCCGCGGGCUUGCACCGGCCGCGCCUGAGCAUCGACGCGGCCGCGGCCGCCGAGUGCCAGUCGCUGAUGGGCUCCCUGAGCGGCUCCUUCGUGGGCAGCAUCCCCUCGGUGCCCCCUCGCCUGGGCAGCCACACCAUGGACUUCUUCGAGAUGUGUGCCAGCCUCAUCAUGGCCCUGGCCCGCUGACGGCCGCUCUGCGAGGAUCUGCGCUGACUCGUCCGCCCCCUCCUUUCUCUCGCUUCCUUGUUCUUCCUCCUCCUCCUCCUCCCCUCACUGCCCCACAGAGCCAAGUCCAGACCCAAAACAUGCCCCCCUCUAGCAAGGCACCAAGGAAAUUAACUUAAUUUCUCUCCUUGUGCCUGGCGAAAUGUAUCCAAUACUCUUUUUUCUUCUUUCCUUGUGAACCCCAUGGGAAAUGUUAAGGCUGUAAAGUAACAAACAUUAUCACUGAGUUUUUGGAAAACACCUCCCCCUGGUUCAUCCUGAGGUAACGGAGGCAUAGCCAUGCUUCCUGCAGGGAGUUUGAUGUUUCCCUGAGGCUGUGCAGAGCAGGGGCAGGCUGAGCUGAGCCAGGGCAGAGUGGUUGACCAGGAGCUCUGUGAGGUGGAGUUGGAGGGUGAUGAAGCAGCUCUGCAGUGUUCACACCCAGGUGCCAGCCUCUCUAACACUUUUCUCCUCAAAGCAGCAGCUGCUUAGAUGCUUCUGCACUAGUGCAAUAUGACCUCCCUCCCCUCUCUUUUUCUUCUCUGCUGAAGAUGGGCAGGGAAGGUGGGAUGUGCAAAGGUCCUGUGCAAACCUGCCAUGGGGAGGCCACUCUUUGCAGAGUCCCUAAGGUGCAGUCUUUCUCCGUGUCCUCUCUUUGCAGAGGAGUGUCUCUAAGGUGCAGUCUUUGUCCCUGUCCUCUCUUUGCAGAGGAGUGUCCCUAAGGUGCUUUAUUUUGCCCAAGGGCUCCGCACAGCACUGACCCACUCGCCACACUCGGAGCUGAAGGCAGAUUGCCUUUUUCUCUCCUCCCUCCAGCCUGCUCCCCCUCCUCUGCCUCACCACGGGCCCCAGGGGCUGAAUCCCAAGCAGGGUUCAGGUGAGCAGAGGACAGGAUCUGGAUCACCCACCUAGAAGCCAGCUCUUCCCCCGAGGGCUGGGAUCAUCCCUGAUGGGCAGGAGCCAUCAGCAGCGCACAGCUCCGGAGCACUCACCUCUCACCUUUCCCCUAGGACACUCUGGCUGUUGUCACCUCCCCAAAAUCACUGCCAAAUCUGCCUUCCCUGCUGCUGGACACUCACUGCCCCUGCCCAAGGGUUCUCCUGUCCUGCUGCUGCUGCCCACUGGACUGUGACCGUCGCUGCUCCGCUGACCAGGCAGGGAUAUCCCAACCCGGAAUUUUACUGUUCCUUUGCUACUGGCUAUCUGAAGGAUUGGAUUUUAUUUUUUAAGAUGAACUGCGGGGAUUUUUAAGGUUAAAUUCUUGUUACCCAAGGGUAAACCCUAAUGCAUGUGUGACUUCUUUGUUUAAAGGAGUUAUUUUUUAUUACACGGGAUUAAGCUAAUGGGCAGCGUUGGCAUCUGCUUGGCUUUGACAUGGUAUUUAAUUCCAUUUACUUGAUUAUGAAGUAAUAGUCUAAUCAAGGAACAAAUGCUUUAUGAAAGCUUUGCCAAAAAAAUGUUGGGUGGGGGUUUGGUUUUGUUCUGUUUUUUUGGGUUUUGUGGUUUUUUGGUUUUUUUUUUUGUUGUUGUUUUUUUGGGGUUUUUUGGGUGUUUUUUUUUUUGUUUUUUUUUGGUUUUUUUGGUUUUUUUUUUUUUCUUUUGUGUUCUGUUUUAAGAAACAAAGCAAAGAACUUUUGCUGGUCCCAGGUAUGCAGUCAUUCAACUUGAAAAAAAAUGUAAUCUGUCUUUUUGAUAGCUUCUUAUGACCCCUUAAGGUUUUUUCCUAGGGUUUUCUUUUGUACAGUUGCACUUUAAUUUAUACUUUCUGCAAGUUUGUAUGAGAAGCAAGGAAGAGAACAGCAAAUUGAGCCUUUUUUACUAAUCAUUUAAGGUAAUCAAGACAAACAUGGGAUAUUUUUGCCAUCUACUGGCAGUUAAAUGGACCUUUUCAGUUUUAAGUCCCUUUUUUAAAAAAAGAACCACAAAAUUGCCUUACUUUUGUUACAGAUUGUGCUUGGAUCCUCACUAACGUGACUUUACAGCUGCAAUUUUUCCAGAAGCCGCACAAAGUAGAAAGCUUCCAAAAAAAAAAAAAGAAAAAAAAAAGAAAAAGAAAAAAGUCAGUUUUGCUGUUAAGCUCUUGAACAUUAAAUCCAACACAGCAGUGGUUGGACUGUAAGAAAUACUGGAAAUAUUUGUAGUGCUCCUAGGUUUUGUAACGAGCCUUUUAUUACAUUAUGAUUAUUAAAUAAGUAUUCUGGGGUGAGGAUGGCUUUGGUGCUGUGCCUGGUGCUUGCCAGGUGAUUUGUGUCCCCAGUGCUGUGGUGUGAGUUUGGAUGGAGAAUCCAAACUCCUGCGUGCAAAAAAAACCCCAAACCCCACCCCAGAGUCAAAGCUGAGGAGCACCCAGCCCUCCAGCAGCUUUUGGAUCAAGGCUGAGAUGAGCAAAAAUGGUUUGGGGUGAUGGGGAUAAACCCCUUUGCAAAGGAGCAGGAACAGCUAUAGAGCCAGGAAACAGCAAUGAGUGAAGUGUAUUUCAAAUGUUAAAGGCUUUUCAAAUCUUCACUCCCAGCUGAGCAUCUUGCCAAGUCCUGGCAGCACCUGUAGCCCCCUUGAUAGGGGCUGGUGUGUUCCAGUCUGGGGCUCAGGAGCAGGGAGAUGUACUGAUGUCUUUGUUCAAAUUGACUCUUGUCCUCUGGGAUUUCCUACCCAGCAGAACUAAUAGUAUUAAGCAGCAGCAAAUGCCCUUGGGAGGAAAUAUUUGCUUCCUGGAGGCAGGUGGGAUUUCUAGGUUGUAGAAUAAGCCCCUUGUGGCACUUGGCAUCUUCUCCGACCCGUGCAAACAUUAACUGCUGUGAGGAUCUGCAGAACCAGUCCUGCCUGGAGGGCAGUCAGAGUUACUCAGCUUUCCAUAUGGAGAGACACAAAGAGAUGAAGCACUUCCAUGCUCAGGGUCAGCAGAGGCAGUGGAGGGAGCAGGACUGGUGGAAGCACCUCCCCAGUGACCACAUCGGACUGACUGGUCCAUCACAGCCUUGCCCAAAUCCGUGCUGCACUUUGGAACACUCUGAGGACUUUCACUUCUGUGUAUUAUUUAUUUUACCUUCAAAUAGGCUGUGUUCUGUUUCCCAGCUGCAGAGGAGCUGCUGACCUCCAGUCACAUUUUCCAGAGGAAGAGUUUAACUUCCACACUGUUACACUGUGGUCAGCUCAUUUUGAGUUAUGCUGGUACAUGCACAAGCGUCGGGAAAAGCAGGGUAGACAAUAUUUGAACUACAGAAACUUGAAUUACUCCAAGUGCAAUUCUUCAGGAGCCACUGAACAGCUGUGCUUUGCAAGCCACAAACUCACCCAAAUUUUGCUUCAGCUCGAGGGAGAGAGAGAUAAAAUGCAAAGGAUAAAGAGUUCAGAUGGGCUCCAACAGAAACCUCCAGCUCCUGGAUGAAUUAAUUCAAAAAUAUCUUUUGCUUGUUCUUGUUGGAAGCUGUGUAUAUGUAAAUAUUAUAUAUGCAUACAUGCAUAUAUAUAUAAUGUAGGUGACAUCCCUGUCAUUGACCUCUCAGCUUUAUUCUUCCAGCAGGGCAGGUGUGUGCCCAGGACACUGCCACCCCUCACUAAUCCCAGCCUCUGAGAGGACCUGGACAAAGGGAAUGCUAUUUUUACAUCCUCUUUUAGGUAAAGCCCAUGAGUAGCUUAGCUCACCCCGUCAGGCUCGGCAUGGCCUUGGCCAGGGAUGGGAGGGGAAGUGGCAUCAGGAGCUGUGAGAAUCCUGCCCUUCCACCCCCCUGGCCAAAGCCCUGCUGCUGGUGGGGUUUGGGGCAGGUUUAUUUUCAGGAGCUGGAGCUGAGCAGGUAAAGGCAGCAGGAUAUUUUUUUUUUCCCCUUCAACGGGUCAGAAAUGCAUCUUCAGCUGUGUGUCCAGUUUAGCAUUUCACGAGGUGUGUACAAGCACAGGGGAGUCCAUGGGCAGUGUUGUAAAAAUGUGAGCCAGCUGGUUAGCGUGUGCCGUGUAUACGUUUCUGUGUGUGAUUAUAGUGGCAUUCGUGUUGGAAUUGAUGAGGUUUGAACGAAAUAACCCUUCUACUCCUUUUCAUUUCACUGCUGUUUGCUGUCAGCGUGCAGCCCUGUAGGAGGAAGAGGGAGCUGUGUGCAGGACAUGAACUCGUGCCUUCGCUGCGCGUUGGGACUGCUGGAAGUGGCAGCUUUGUUUCACGAGGUGCACAAUUUCCCCAGCUCGUGCAGGAUCCCCCCUCUGAGACAUGCAGGCCGUGUUUCUAAAUACUUGAAGUACCAUUUGUUGUGCAAUUAUUUGGCUUCACCCUUUUAUUAGCUGAGAGGAGAGAGGGAAGAAGAAUCGCACAUCUGGAUGAGCCAAGCCAACCCCCGCUCGAGCUCCUGCUGUUCCUUCCCUGGAAAGUUUUAGGGUCUGGUUUUGUUCCAGGUAUAUGAUGGACCUUACUAGAGUCACCUUUCUUAAGGUCUUAUUUUGUUAUGGGCUUUUCAUUUAGUGCUUCCCUUUGGCUUCCUUAGCCCUCCCCUUAUAUAUCCCUUUUUCAUCAUUUGCUUAUUAAAAAAAAAAAAAUGCAACAGCUUCUUGUAAUUCUGAGUUCCCAGUCUGCCUCCCAGCCAUGGAGUUAAUGAUUCAGCCAGAGGUACCUCAAUCCCAUGCCUGAGAGGUGAACUGGGUUUCAGAGUUCCCACAUGACACCUACUGAUGGAACACUGACUUUUGCAGAGAGCACACCUGGUAUUCGCUGCACAGAUCUUUGCUCAUUUUAAUUGUUGAAAUUAGGAGAACUAGACUGUGAAUCAGAGCUCUGCCUGCAAGCACGAGUACACUUUUGGUGUUAGAAAAAGUCUGUUUUCAACAAAAGCCUUGAAGUUCCUGUUGAAGCUGCCUUAAUUUAAAAAUCAAAGUUUAUUUGUAAGACUCAUCUCUGAUUUAUUUUUUUUAAGUUUGGAAAUAGUUUAUUUAUCCUCAUCUCACAAAGCUGUGAAGUAGAUCCUGUAGCCAUGGUAAUAUUUAUUCUUGUUGCUGAAAGCAUGUUCAUGUGUUCUGUAUCAUGUUAUAUUCACGUGGUUUGUACCUCAAUGCAUUUGUUUUGUUUUUUUCUUUUAGAGCACAAAGCAAAACUGAAUCCCAGGAUUUCUGUGGUGUCCUUGGCCCAGCAUCUUUGGGCAGACAAACCUCAGCUCUUUGAGAGAGGUAAACUGGACUGUCCACUGCAAUUCUUAAUUCAUACUUCAAUGGGUAUUGAUGAUUUAUAAUGUUAUGUAUUUAUAAUUUUAAGAAAAAGAUACUGAACUUUAAAAAGUUCUGAGUAGAAGCAUCCCUUCAAAUAUAUCAUUAACAUGAUGCUCAGAAAAAAAGAAACCUUGAGCUCUGUAAACACUCCAUCCUUGAUAUUUUCUAUUAUUUUGUCAACUGGGGGCCUGGAGAGGGUUUUGUUUCCCAGUUCAUGGCUGUAGUACAUUCUGUCAUGGAAGGGCACAGAGCCCUGGUUCAGUUUUGUCCUUUGUGCAUCAGAUAAUCACAACGAAGCCUUUUUCCUUCCAUUUAUGGUGUGGAAAGUGUUUCUCGGUGUACUGCACUGCAUGUGAUAGCUGUCUCCAUGGUUGACAUUUGCACUUUAAUAAACUCAGAGAUGAAAAGAGAUAAAAGCA